GCUUAUCGGUUAUUCAUAAAAUUAUGUUGCACCAUUACGGAGAUCCUAUGGAAUUGUAGCCCUAUCCCGAAAACGUUAGAAUAAAAAAAAAAUCGGAUAGGGCUACAUUAUUGUAGUUAUGUUUGUACUAGUGCUUUAAGUACAUACUUUAUAGAAAGAUUCUCGGGAAAAGAAACAACGACUUCUAACACAAAGAAUGUGGAAUUAUCCACCGAGACUUCUGACACAAGGAAUGUGGAAUUUUCCACUGAUUUUAGAACUUAUUCUACACGGACACAGCCAGCUACAAACUUGUCAAUUACAACAGAGGUCACCGAUAUCAUCACUACGAAAUAUACCAGCACUAACACGACCGUGACGCACUCCGGAAGUUACAUCACUAUGACCAAUAAGAUAAACGAUUCGGAAGCCACUACGUUUCCUUCGAUAACCAAUGGAUCCAAUUCCGCAGAAAAUGCCACUCCACCAUGUUAUAAAAUCAACAAAACAAGAUCUUCGUCGAAAGAAGACAAAAAAAGUGAGAUCAGUAAGCAAGACAUGAACAUCGCGCUAGGGGUCACUAUAUCCAUAUCAGUGCUGGUCGUAUCCUUCAUGUUAUUCAUGAUUGGCAGGUUAUUAUACAAGACAAGGCAUGUGAAGAGAAUGGAUCCGCCAAUCACAUCAUUUGAUAUUGUUAACCCUAGCGACGGGGUUUUCGAAAACCAAGGAGGAUUCAUACACGAAACGUACAUCCACAUUCGCAAGGUAUCGGAGUCUAACACUGACGAGAGCCCUGUAUCGUCUCCUCAUGGCCAUGGACAGGAUUCGAACUUUGGCACGGUGACGUCAGGCAAUUCCCGAUCACAUUACGGGGAAUAUUCUUCCUUCACUGGACACCAACAAUCAGACGAUGUUGUCCCUCACAGGUACUCGGUGUAUGGGGACAGAGGGGAGGCGUCCAGACCCAGAAAAUAGUUGUUUAUGUACAUGUAUAUAAUGUACCGUAGUUUUGCAUACCGGUUUCUAUUAUGCAAUAAAAAUUUCAUAAAUUAG